AUGUCUCCGUGGACGGAAAUAUUGACGAACGCUUCAAUGUUUGUGAUAAUCCAAGCUUUAGCGUUUCUAAUAAUCUCCACUUCCUCCGAAAUAUUCUCAUACAAGAAGAAGACGAAGAGAACAUUUGGCCGGAAACUCUCUACUACUUCCAUCGGCAUUUCCCAUUUACUCGCCUUGAUCUCCGAUGAUGUCUCUCAAGCCGAAGAAGAAGUAGAAGAAGACGAAGCUUCCUCUAUUUGA